GGCGGGAAUAAUGACUGGAGGCUGUUUUGGUUUUAAUAUUAUUAAAUAGUAAAUAGAAUAAUACUUUAAAAUGCCAUUGAUAUAUUCGUUUAAAAUCGUUUUGCUAAUAUUAAUCCUUAAUUGUUACUAGUAAUACAAUUUAUAAUUAAUAUCAAUAAGAUUACUAGUCUUGUAAGAUGGGUAUCACAGGUUUGAUACCUUUUCUCGAAAAAGCUUCAAGAAGGACCAAUGUUAGUGAAUUCAGUGGAUCCACGGUUGCAAUUGAUAGCUAUUGUUGGCUUCAUAAAGGGGCUUUCGCCUGUGCUGAUAAAUUGGUUCGAGGAGAAGAAACAGAUAUACACAUUAAGUAUUGUUUAAAGUAUGUGACAAUGCUGCUAUCAAAGAACAUAAAACCAAUCUUGGUUUUCGAUGGACGACACCUUCCAGCAAAAGCUAUGACAGAAUUAAAAAGAAGAGAGUCAAGAGACAUAUCUAAAAAGAGAGCAGCAGAACUGUUAAGCUUAGGAAAGAUUGAAGAAGCCCGUUCAUACAUGCGUCGUAGUGUCGACAUAACCCAUGCUAUGGCGCUAAGCCUUAUAAAAGAGUGUAGAAAACGUAAUGUGGAUUGUAUUGUGGCUCCUUAUGAAGCUGACGCACAACUCGUCUAUCUUAAUAUAAAAAAUAUUGCACAGCUAGUCAUUACGGAAGACUCAGAUUUGAUACUGUUUGGUUGUACAAAGGUAUUAUUCAAAAUGGAUCUCGACGGCACAGGCACACUAGUAGAAACGAACCACUUACCGCUAGUAAUGAAGUGUCCUAUAGAAAAGUACACGUUUGACAAGUUCAGACAAAUGUGCAUAAUGUCUGGUUGUGAUUAUCUCGCCUCGCUGCCAGGCAUUGGUUUAGCGAAAGCCAGGCAGUUUGUUACAGCUACGCAGGAUUCUAAUUUUGCUAAUGCAUUAAGAAAACUGCCCAGUUUUUUCAAUAGAUCAAACCUAGUAGUGACAGAUGAGUACAGAGAAAGUUUUCUAAAAGCGGAGGCUACAUUCAAACACCAAUAUGUGUAUGAUCCCAUUGAAAAGAAAAUGUGUAGACUAUUUGAGCCAGAAGAUGAAGACAUAGAGAUAGCAUUAUGCAGCAAUGCAGGUGAACUAUUGGAUCCUAAAACUGCAUAUCAAUUAGCCCUCGGUAACUUGGAACCUUUCACUUUGAAGAAAAUGGACGACUGGGACCCUGACCACCGUGAAACGGUAGAAAAUGUAAAAACCAGUAAUUGGAAAGAAGUGGGCAUUGCGAAACACCCAAGUAUAUGGGAUGAAUCAUUUACGGAGUAUUUAACUGAAAAGACGCCAUGGUGUAAACCUGUGAAAAAAUUAGAACCCAUAAUAUCAGCUCCACAAACAAGGCCUAGGAAAAAAGUCGUGAAUUUAGUUAGUAAAUACGUACCUGAGACGCAAGACGACAGCUUAUCAAUAGAAACACUAAGCAACAUGUAUUGUACAGAACCGACGAAUAAAAAGCAAAAACUAUCUAGCGAAAGUGAGACAUACACCGAAGACACUCAAAAUGAACUCAACACAGCUGUUUUAGAAGAAAAUACAAAAGACAAGUCACCAAUACUAGAAAAUAAGCAAAGAUCGUUCAGGAAAUGUUUGAAAAACGGCAGUUAUUCGGUAUUUAAGCGAUUAAGUAAAUUCCCCCGUACUAUAUUGGAUGAAAAUGUUAUUGAAAGCAAGUUCUUUGCGAAUGAUACCAGUGUGGUUAUAGAGGAAUCUCCAGAGAAAGUUAUAAAAGACAAUUCUGAUGAUUUGGAAAGUUCGCAAAAAGAAAAUUCACUAAGUAGUCCUGUAAGAGCUUCUAGUCCGAUUUUAGAACCGAGCCCACAUAGGAAUCCGUUUAGAAAAAUUAUGGAAUCUCAAGAAUCGGUUGUGGAAAAUACUUAUCCUAUGGAGCGAUUGGUGACACCAGUGGAUUCUCAGGUCAGUUACGGAGAUUCACCAGAGAAACAAUUAUCGCAGUUAAGCCAGUUUUCGUGCACAAGUACAAUAAUAAGUGGAUCAAGUAUAAGCAAUAAGAAUAAUAAUGUAAGAAAAAAUUGUAAAGUUCCUGGAUUGAAGAGAUCGUCAUCACUGCCAAGUAACCAGCCGACUUUGUUGAGCAAGUUCGGCUUUCAGAAAAAACCAGUAUUACGAAAAUGAAGUGACAAUUUUGAUGAGUUUAAGAAUAUUGAUCAAUAAUGUUAAUGUUUAUUUUUAUGUUUAUCGACGAAGUGCAUUUAUUGUUAAUUUUGUGUGAUUAUUAUGUGAUUGGAAAUAAAUAAUGA